CAUCAUGGCUCUCGCGGUGCGAGUCGUUUAUUGUGGCGCUUGAGGCUACAAGCCCAAGUAUCUCCAGCUCAAGGAGAAGCUGGAAGAUGAGUUCCCCGGAUGCCUAGACAUCUGUGGUGAGGGGACACCCCAGACCACUGGCUUCUUUGAAGUGACCGUUGCUGGGAAGCUAGUUCACUCCAAGAAGGGAGGCGAUGGCUUCGUGGACACGGAAGGCAAGUUUCGGAAGCUGGUGGCUGCCAUCAAAGCCGCCUUGGCUCAGGGCUAGUGUGUCCUGAAGGUGGAGCUCAGGACCUCAACCCUGCCGCGCCCAGCUGACGCUUCAUGAAGGGAAGGACUGAAAUGUCUCCGGACGCCUGGUUUUUCCCCGAUGCCCUUGCGACCGCUGGGUGGGAUGGAGGUUGAUGCUCUGUCUCUGCCUCUGUGGGACGUGUGUCUUUUGGCAUCCGCCCCGGCGCACUGCCUGUUCCCACUCCCUGCCCUCCCCCCAUGCUUUGGCCCCCCUCUGAAUUGGCCCCUUGCCAGCCCAGGCUGUGUUCUUGGGGAGCU